AAUCCGUUUCAUAACAAACGUCACUUCCUCUGACCGCUGCUAAAGAAGCACCUGACCCUCCACGCCAUACCUCUGACCAUACAGAGCAUCACCACGGCUCCUGAAUUGUUUGAAUAAUGUUAGAAUGGUGUAUCCCUGCAAGUCUCCGCUCAACCUGUCAUUAUCUAACUGCCUGUGCUACUUCAGAAGGUGACCAGCUUCAGGACGUUGCAUCAAUGUUGCGCUUGACAGCAACAUCGUUGUGCCUUCGGUGCCAACGAGUCACAGCUCUGCCUUUAAAGCUAAGGCCGUGUGCAACGCUGAGCUCGGCAGAGAACCGGCAGACAGUGGAGGAGCUCUAUAAUCUCUCUGUCGACAUCCAGAAGGUCCGGAAACUUAAGGGCUGGGUUCUGCAUCAGACGCCAGCCUACACUAAGGAGGUAGCAGAUCUGCUGAAGGACAUGGGAGCCUCGGGUUCCAUCAUUGCUCGGAUCCUUGCGGUUCACCCUGAAGCGGUCCUCUGUCCCCCAGAGCAGAUGCAGGCUCAGAGGACGCUGUGGAUGUCCGUGUGCCCAAACCAGAAAGAGCUGGUUGGUAUCAUUGAGAAAUUCCCAGCCUCCUUCUUCACUUCCUCCAGCCACCACGACAACCAGCAGAACAACAUCGCUUACUUCCAGAGCUUAAACCUCAACAAGCGAAUCAUCACCAAGCUCAUGGCCAGCGCGCCUCAGAGCUUCAGCCGGCCAGUAGAGGACAACGAGGUGAUGGUGCGCACCCUCCAGCAGGCCUACCAGGAGCUUGGUGGAGAGGAGGCCAACAUGAAGAUCUGGCUUCAGAAGCUGCUGAGCCAGAACCCGUUUGUCCUCCUCAAGCCCCCCGAGGUGCUGAGGCAGAACCUGCUGUUCCUGAGAGACAAGGGCUUCAGCACGGCAGAGCUCCUCCGCCUCCUCUCGAAACUUAGGGGCUUUGUGACCGAGCUGAACCCGGACAGCAUGCGUCGCACCCUGGCGUACUCCCAGGACACGAUGGGCUGCUCUGAGGAGGAGCUGCGGGACAUCAUCCUCAACUGUCCGGCUCUGCUUUACUACCCUGAAGCUAUUCUGGCUGAGCGCUUUAAGGGUCUCCUCAGUGCCGGCAUCAGCAUGUCUCAAAUCGUAGAAACUCCGACCGUUAUGGAGCUGACUACACAGAUAGUGAACUAUCGCAUCCACCAACUGAGGACGCAUGGUUAUGAGGUAAGGACAGGUAGUCUGGAUGUCCUGAAUGGCACUAAGAAGGACUUUGAAAAAAGCUAUGGAAAAUUACAACUACGUAGAGAGAGACCAAUUUUCAACCCUGUUGCCCCUUUAAAGGCGGAUGACUGACAGAAUCUGUGUGGACGAAUGCAAAUGUUUCAAUUUCUAACUGGAUGUAUUCUGUUCUUGGGAUUAUUAAUAUCUUUAUGAUAUCAAUAUCAGAUUAAAGUGUCUAAAACCUCA